AUGACAGACAUUGACGAUCUGAAUGGCGAUUACUACACACUCUCCAAGACGCCAUCUCCACCUCCCCAGCGAACCCUGCGGCAAAGACUAGUCGGCACCUGGCGCCUAGAAGCCUACAUCGCCUACCCAACCCCAUCCUCGCGCUUCCAACGCGCAACCUUCCCCAUGACCAAGAAUGUCACUGGUCUCAUCAUGUACACACCCGACGGCUACAUGAGCGCUCACAUGCUGAUACCCGGCCAAAUGUCCUUCAAGCGCGGCGAAGGCGAAGAACCGCAAUGGGCAGAAGCGGGCAAGCGAUCUUUCUCGUAUGCGGGUCCAUACUACAUCACCGAUGAAGGCAUGGGCAGAGAAGAGAUUUUGAGACAUACAUUCCAGGUCUGCAAUCUGCCUGGCUGGUUAGGGGACGUCCAGGUCAGAACGUGGAAGUUCGAAGAAGAUGAUAAUGUGUUGGUGCUCGGAAGCGAAGAGCCAACAGAAAUCAGGGGUGACCAAAGAAUCCCGGUCUUGAAAUGGCGAAGGGUUGUUGACAACUCCAACGGCAGCCCCCCUGCCCCCAUGCCUCACAUCAAGGUCAGCGGACCAGGCGAGCCGUGA